CAGAUUCAGUAUGAUUUUACGUCCUGAACAGUGACAAUAUUAUAGUUAGUUGAAUUCAGUAUCAAUGUCAAAUAGUGAAACUGGAGCAUUUAUUGGAGGAAAGACCGCUAGCAAAGGUCCAACUCUAGGAGCUCGCCAUCUUCAAACACUUUUGCUACAUUUGUCAUUGGCAAUUUGCUUUGUUUCAAGAAUUCACAUUGGAAUUGCAUUGGUCGCUAUGACUGAUGCCCAAACAACAAACCCAAACUUUCCUGAAUUCGAUUGGAAUGAAAAACAAAAAUCAUACAUUCUAAGCAGCUUCUUUUGGGGAUGCACUAUAUCACAAAUUCCUGGAGGAUAUGCAACUAAAAGAUUUGGCGCAAAAGCAUCUUUAAUAAUUGGCAUAUUUUUGAAUGGAAUUCUUGGUCUUUUGGUACCGUUUUGUGUAUUUCGGGGAGGUUGGAAAAUAUAUUGCGUCAUUCGUGUUCUUCAAGGUUUGUGUCAGGGUAUACUCUUCCCCUGUGUCUACCAACACCUAGCUAUAUGGUCGCCAAUGAAAGAACGAAACCGCCUUGGUCCGCUCAGUCUAAUGGGCAUGCAAACUGGUACUAUUGUAUCAAUGUACGUAACUGGCAUGAUUGCUGCAUCGAAUUUGGGAUGGCCAGGAAUUUCCUAUGUUUUCAGUGGAUCUGAAAUAGUUUUCAGCUUUCUCUUACUAAUUUUUGCUGAAAAUUCUCCAGCUGAUGCAAAAUUUAUAUCAGAAGCAGAAAGAAAAUACAUUCUUUCUUCUCAAUCAAACACUGAAAAUACCCUAGACAAGAAAAAGAGUAUAACAGUUCCAUGGAAGGCUAUACUAACUUCUGUUCCGUUUAUAUCACUUUUAAUAGUACGAACAUGUGACAGCUGGGGCUUUUCGACAAUGCAAGCUCAAAUUCCAGCUUAUCUUCAUGGAGUUUUGAAAAUGGAAAUUAAAAAGAAUGCCUUUUAUUCAGCCUUACCUUAUGUGGCGACAACUGCGUUAUCAUUUGUUUUCAUGAUAUUAGCCGAUAUAAUAUUAAACAAUAAAUGGAUUUCAUUGCUGGUACUACGGAAGACUUUUAACACAAUUGCUUUUUGGGUUCCAGCUGCAUUUCUUGUUGGUAUUGGAUUUCUUAGUGAAAGUCAAACAGUCUUAGCUGUAGUUUUUAUAACUAUGAAUGUUGGUUUAAAUAGUGGUGCCACUAUUGGAAGCAGUAUGAAUGGAAUAGAUUUGUCCACAAAUCACAUAGGAAUUUUGAUGGGGAUUGUUAAUUCUUUGUCAAGCAUUGUUCGAAUUGUGAGCCCAAUUGCUGUAGGACUAAUUGUCAAUGAUGAGACCAACCGAUCACAAUGGCAAAUUGUAUUUCUGAUAACAGCUGGAUUAUUUUUCUUAGGAAACUUGCAGUAUUUAUUUUUUGCACAAACUGAUGUUCAACCAUGGGAUAGUGAAGAUUUUUUGACGAAAUGUGAUACAGAACAAGGAGUUAAAAUGACAAACGCACCUGUGAAGGAUAGUUAGUACUAAAAAGGAUUUUUUUGGAACCGAUUGUCUUCAUAUUAGAUAAAGGUACAAAUUUUGUUUAGAAAAUGCAAUGUGUUUCGAAAUCUAUGGCAGCAUUUUUUUUUUAAAUUAAAUUUAGUGUAAAAAAAAUUG